AUGUUGUUUCAAUUCAUAACCCAGGUUUGUGAAGCUCCACCGCCUAUAUAUAAGAAUCAGACAGUAAUUGAGCUCUCCAACCGAACCAAGAAAUCCCCCGAAAUAUUUACUUCAGCAACCAUGACCAUCAUCAUCUUCCGGCGGUGGGUUUCAGUUCUGUAUCCAAUUUUGCUGGCAUCAAUUUUGCUGCAUUAUUGCCGGGGAAACUCCGACGAGAGGAAGGUUCAUAUCGUUUACAUGGGAGAGCGGCCACACAGUCCCAGUGGAAAUAUGUCAUCUUUGUUGGCAGUUCGUCACAUUUCCCUGCUGGAACGUGUCCUUGGAAGUGCUUCAUUGGCCAAAGAGUCGUUGGUAUACAGCUAUGGAAGGAGCUUCAAUGCGUUUGCCGCCAUAUUAUCACCUCAAGAAGUUGAAAAAUUCUCGAAAAUGAAGAGAGUGAUCUCGGUGAUCCCCAACCACAAGCUUCAUCUUCAUACCACUCGUUCAUGGGAAUUCAUGAACUUCUCCCCUGGCCAGAUUAGUGCACAGACAGAAGGAAAUGUAAUUAUUGGCUUCCUUGAUUCAGGAAUUUGGCCGGAAUCCGAAAGCUUCAACGAUGAGGGAAUGACUCCGCCGCCGGCGAAAUGGAAGGGAGAAUGCCACAACAUCACCUGCAACAACAAAAUCAUCGGCGCCCGGUACUACAACACCGGUGGCAUGUACGACCCCUCAGAAUUCAAGUCCCCAAGAGACGCCAUGGGACACGGCACCCACACUUCUUCCACGGCCGCCGGGAGGAAGGUCGCCGGGGCGAGCUUUCUCGGUCUCGCCGAAGGAACUGCCACCGGUGGGGUCCCAAAUGCCAGAAUCGCCGUCUACAAAGUCUGCUGGCAGAAUCGCGGAUGUUCCAACGCCGACAUCCUCGCCGCAUUUGACGACGCCAUAGCCGACGGCGUCGAUAUCUUGUCCAUGUCACUGGGUUCCAGCGUCCCACCUCCGUUCUUUGAGGACGCCAUGGCUAUCGGAGCUUUCCACGCCAUGAAACGCGGCGUGUUGACCUCUGCCUCCUCUGGCAACUCGGGCCCUACGCCGGCCACUGCGUCCAAUUUGGCGCCGUGGAUGUUGACCGUGGCUGCUAGUACUAUUGACCGUCAGUUCGUUUCCAAAGUCGUUCUUGGAAAUGGAGAAACCUUCCCAGGCAUUGCAGUUAAUAGCUUUAAGCUCAACGGAACUACAUUUCCGUUGGUUUGGGCGGGAGAUGUGGCCAAUUACUCCGGUGGGUCGGGCGUAAUCAACGCCAAGAAUUGCCUGCCGGGCAGUCUCAAUUCAUAUAAAACAGCCGGGAAGAUUGUUCUGUGUCACAGUAUAGUUGGAGAUCUCACUGGGGUGGCUAUGGCCAAUGGUUUAGGUGCCAUCUUGUUCAACCCGGUUCCUUCUGUCAACGACUUUGCAUUCAGUUACCCUUUGCCGGCAACUCAAGUCAGGACUGGCGAUGGUGAUGCCAUUCUGGACUACAUUAGAACAACAGAGAACCCCAUUGCAACUAUACUAGUUAGCGAGACUUGGAAGGAUGUUAUGGCUCCUUAUGUUGCUUCCUUCUCUUCCAGAGGACCAAACCGUCUCAGCCCAGAGAUUCUUAAGCCAGAUAUAACUGUGCCUGGUGUCGAUAUCCUGGCUGCUUGGUCGCCAGUAGCAUCGCCUUCUGGUUCACCAUUCGACACCAGGAAGGUCAAGUACAAUGUAAUUUCGGGCACGUCAAUGUCUUGCCCACACGCAAGUGCUGUUGCUGCCUAUGUUAAGGCUCUCCACCCGGAUUGGUCCCCGGCAGCAAUCAAAUCUGCAAUCAUGACCACAGCCAAUGUAAUGGAUCCAAGGAAGAAUGAAGGUCAUGAGUUUGCCCAUGGCUCCGGCCACAUCAACCCAGUGGCUGCCGCUGAUCCUGGACUCGUCUACGACGCUUCUGAAGACGAUUAUAUCUAUUUCCUCUGCAAGCAAGGUUACGACAACACCACGAUGGAGCUGAUCGCCGGUCGAAGUAACGCGUCUUGUAACGGGGUAGCGCCCGGGAGAGCUUGGGAUUUGAACUAUCCAACGUUUGGUCUGGUAGUGGAAGAUGGUGAAUCCAUCAGCACUAGUUUCACCAGGACAGUGACGAAUGUUGGCCCCCCGAAUUCCACCUACCAUGUCAGUGUACAAAUGCCGAGUCUUGUGAAUGUGGAAGUUCAUCCGACGGUUCUGCCCUUCUCGGCGGUUGGGCAGAGUAUGACGUUUACAGUGAAGGUCUCUGGUCCGAAGAUUGUGGAUCAACCGAUCAGGUCGGGUGCCAUUUUGUGGGGAGAUGGAGUUCAUGUGGCGAGAAGCCCGUUGGUUGUGUAUACCAUCACGCCAAAUUCUAUGGCGGCUUUGCCCUUCAAGCCGGCUGAGAAAAUCAGAUUUGGGGAUCAACCUGGCCGACUAGAACAUGAAAUUUUAGAGACAAAUUGAUACUCAUGAGUCAUGUGUAACAUUGUUAAGGGGCCUCUCAUGUUGUGGAAGAUAGUUUAUCUUGGAAAUUCAUUACCUUGAAUUCAAAUUUGUGCUCUAUGAAUUGAACACCUUCAGAAUUGG